AUGGUCAAUGAUAUUAUUGCAAAUCGAUAUAACAUUUAUGCCUCUCUGAGCCAUCAAAGGACAAAACUUGGCAGAUUUCUUGCAGCACACCCGCUUCCGGCCACGUUGCCCCUCAAUGAAGAGUUGCUAGAUGAGCAAAGAAGCAAGACAGGUCUCCGAGGGAAGGAAAGAGAUAUAGAGUUAGGAUUUCCCAUGCAAAGCCUGAAAACAGAUUAUGGAAUGGAGGAAUUUUUCAAACAGGUAAAAGAAGUGGAUGAGCUUAUGGGAAAGCUCUCUGAUAACCUCAAAAAGCUUCAGGAAGCAAAUGAGGAGACCAAGGCUGUUACCAAGGCUUCUGCCAUGAAAGAUUAUAAGAAAAGAAUGGAUAAGGAAAUGGAUGAAGUGGGAAUAGUUGCACGUGCCAUCAAAAUGAAAUUAGAAGAAAUUGAUCGAGAUAACUUGGAGAACCGGAAAAAUUCUGGUUGCGGAAAGGGGACUGCAGUUGACAGAUCAAGAACAGCCAUGACUGUUUCUUUAAAGAAGAAAUUGCGGGAUAAAGUGAAUGAUUUCCAGAAUCUGAGGCAGUCUAUACAAGAAGAGUACAGGGAAAUUGUUCAGAGGAGGUUUUUUACAGUCACAGGGACCACUCCAACUGAGGAGAUGAUUGAUGAGUUGAUCGAGACUGGCAAUAGCGAAAAAAUAUUUCAGAAGGCGAUUCAAGAUAUGGGACGAGGGCAGGUAAUGGAUACCUUAGAAGAGAUUCAAGAAAGGCAUGAUGCCGUCAAGGAGAUUGAGAAAAAAUUGCUUGAAUUGCAUCAAAUAUUCAUGGACAUGGCAGUGCUAGUUGAAGCGCAGGGAGAGAUGUUGGAUAAUAUCGAAACCCAGGUAGCAAAUGCAGUGAAUCAUGUACAGAGUGGAACAGAAGCCCUGCAAACAGCAAAGAGCUUGCAGAAGCAAUCAAGAAAAUGCAUGCUCAUUGGAAUAGCUUUGCUCCUGAUAAUCGCCAUCGUCAUUGUUCUCGCGGUUCUUAAACCUUGGAAACGAUGA